AGACGAUAAACAUUCAAAACUUCUUGCCGGACAGGUGCAGCAACAAAAGGUGUCCGACUGGAACAACCGUAUACAUCGGUUUUUACAACGGAAGCAUUCAUUGUAACAGCGGAAAUACAGAAGUGGGAAGUUGACAUUGCUGAGGGGUUUGGGGAGGUGUAAAUAACACCUUUGUAUGUGAUUGUAAAAACGUAUUGCCUUAUCUUAGGAUAUAAUGGCGGUCAGUGCAGUCCAUCUAGAGUCGGACGCUUUUCUGGUUUGUAUGAAUCAUGCGUUAAGCACGGAGAAAGAAGAAGUCAUGGGUCUGUGCAUUGGGGAGGUGGACAACAACCGGAUCGUCCACAUUCACUCAGUGAUCAUCUUGCGUCGCUCUGACAAGAGGAAAGACCGGGUGGAGAUAUCGCCCGAGCAACUAUCUGCAGCUUCCACUGAAGCAGAAAGAUUAGCGGAAAUGACAGGACGCCCCAUGAGAGUCGUCGGAUGGUACCAUUCCCACCCCCACAUCACGGUGUGGCCGUCGCACGUUGACGUGAGGACGCAGGCCAUGUAUCAGAUGAUGGACCAAGGCUUCGUUGGGCUGAUUUUCUCCUGCUUCAUUGAGGAUAAAAACACAAAGACUGGGAGAGUCCUCUACACGUGCUUUCAGUCUGUACAGGCACAGAAGGGCUCAGAGAGGUAUGAGCGGAUUGAGAUUCCCAUCCACGUGGUCCCCCAUGAAGCCAUCGGAAAAGUGUGCCUGGAGUCUGCCGUGGAAUUACCCAAAAUCCUCUGUGAGGAAGAGCAGGACACCUACCGCAGAAUCCACAGCCUCUCCCACCUGGAUCCCAUUACAAAGAUUCACAACGGCUCAGUGUUCACAAAGAACCUGUGCGCUCAGAUGUCCGCAGUGAGUGGGCCUCUGCUGCAGUGGCUGGAGGACCGGCUGGAGCAGAACAAGCAGAGCAUCAGUGAGCUGCAGAGGGAGAGGGAGAGACUCACACAGGAGCUCGCAGCAAUGUGAGCCCUGUGAACACCCCACAGUGAGCUGGAGAGGGAGAGGCUCGCAGCAAUGUGAACCCUGUGAACACCUAGUACACUCACCCUCACCUCUCAUUACCCCCCCCCCUCCCCCCCCCCCCCGCCCUCACCAGCCCCCCACGGCAGAUGUGCCUUCCUGCCCCGCUCUCUUACACUCACCCACAACGUUCUCACAAUGUCACAACAAUGUUUUCUCAAUGUUCUAACAUUUCCACUACAUGGUAGCAACAUUGUGAGAACGUCGUGUGUUGGCUGGGGAGUAACCUUCAACUGCUACUUGUACUUCUUAGAAUUUUAUUUCUAUUUUAGUUUCUUUCGUCGUGUUCGUCCGUGACAGUGCCAUGACCUGCUAUAUACUGUAUUUUGUGACAGAAUGUGUUUUUGUUUUGUUAAGCAACGCAAUGGGUUGUAACUAAAAUGUAAAGACAAUUUCCCCGAUAUUUCGGUUGUCCUGCUUCGUGAUACAGGCCGUAGGUCACAGAGCAGCACAGAGGGUGUGGGCUAGUUUAGAGAGGAGGCUAGUGUGGAAGCAGAGGAACCUCAAGAUGACUGCCGAUAUCUGCUCACAACCGUGAGGUUAAUUCUCUACGAGAUGAUCUGGUUACAAACCACAAACCGCUUUUCUCCUGAUAGAAGUGGACGUGGGUCUGUGCAUGUGUUAUAAUGCGUAAUCCUGGAUAUAAAUGAGACUUAACUGCACGUCAUUAAAUCGUUCACACACCCUGUAGGCAAUGCACUGUACUGUAGAUGUGCCAUAGCAUGGUGUGUGUGUGUCUGUGAGUUACGGUGUUGGCACAGGGUGAGUUACGGUGUUGGCACAGGGUGAGUUACGGUGUUGGCACAGGGUGAGUUACGGUGUUGGCACAGGGUGAGUUACGGUGUUGGCACAGGCAGGAUCCUGGUCUGUACGGUGUAGCGAUGACUAAGCCUUGGGAAAUUACAUAAAAUGUUUGUUUUAAAACACUG